GCCCUCCCCGCAGCCUCUCUGCCCACCGAGGCGUCCAGGCUCCACAGCUCGCUCCCGAGCGCGCCCCCGCCCGCCGCGUCACGUGAUGCGGCCACCGACCCUGAGCUGCCGGGCCUAAGCCGAGCUAAAUUCGUUGCCGGGGGCCUCUGCGGUGCAACCACAAAAGCUAAUCCGAAGGAGGGGGUAGGGUUGUGGGGUCGAUGCUUCCUCUUCCAAUUCAGGUCGGCUCCGGUUACCGUCUCACCCUUCGCCGUUUGCGGCUCCCGGGGCGUUUGCAUGCGCUCUUUCGUGCGGGGAAGCUCCGGUGACCAUGUAGGGGAAAGCGGGAGGAAGCUCCAGCUGCCUGAGGGGAGGUCGGCGCGGUCGGCACGCCGCCUGGCACCCACCGCCUCGCGGGCCGCUGGCCCAGGUGGGAGCCCGGCCUGCAGUCGCGGCCUGACCCGGAGCGCCGCCAAGUCUCGCGCCGUCUCGCGAGAGUCCAAGUUGAAGGAACAUGGCGACGUCUAAUCUGUUAAAGAAUAAAGGUUCUCUUCAGUUUGAAGACAAAUGGGAUUUCAUGCGUCCAAUUGUUUUGAAGCUUUUACGCCAGGAAUCUGUUACAAAGCAGCAGUGGUUUGACCUGUUUUCGGAUGUACAUGCAGUCUGUCUCUGGGAUGAUAAAGGCCCAGCAAAAAUCCAUCAGGCUUUAAAAGAAGAUAUUCUUGAAUUCAUUAAGCAAGCACAGGCACGAGUAUUGAGCCAUCAAGAUGACACAGCUUUACUAAAAGCUUAUAUUGUUGAAUGGCGAAAAUUCUUUACACAGUGUGAUAUUUUACCGAAGCCUUUUUGUCAGCUAGAGAUUACUUUAAUGGGUAAACAGGGCAGCAAUAAAAAAUCAAAUGUAGAAGACAGUAUUGUUCGAAAGCUCAUGCUUGAUACGUGGAAUGAGUCAAUCUUUUCAAAUAUAAAAAACAGACUACAAGAUAGUGCAAUGAAGCUGGUACAUGCUGAAAGAUUAGGGGAAGCUUUUGAUUCUCAGCUUGUCAUUGGAGUAAGAGAAUCCUAUGUUAACCUUUGUUCUAAUCCAGAGGAUAAGCUUCAAAUUUAUAGGGACAAUUUUGAGAAGGCAUACUUGGAUUCAACAGAGAGAUUUUAUAGAACACAGGCACCCUCGUAUUUACAACAAAAUGGUGUACAGAAUUAUAUGAAAUAUGCAGACGCUAAAUUAAAAGAAGAAGAAAAACGAGCACUACGUUAUUUAGAAACAAGACGAGAAUGUAACUCUGUUGAAGCACUCAUGGAAUGCUGUGUAAAUGCCCUAGUGACAUCCUUUAAAGAGACUAUCUUAGCAGAGUGCCAAGGCAUGAUCAAGAGAAAUGAAACUGAAAAAUUACAUUUGAUGUUUUCCUUGAUGGACAAAGUUCCUAAUGGGAUAGAGCCGAUGUUGAAAGACUUGGAGGAGCAUAUCAUUAGUGCAGGCCUUGCGGAUAUGGUAGCAGCUGCUGAAACCAUUACUACUGACUCUGAGAAAUAUGUUGAGCAGUUACUUACACUAUUUAAUAGAUUUAGUAAACUUGUCAAAGAAGCUUUUCAAGAUGAUCCACGAUUUCUUACUGCAAGAGACAAGGCAUAUAAAGCAGUUGUUAAUGAUGCUACCAUAUUUAAACUUGAAUUACCUUUGAAGCAAAAAGGGGUGGGAUUAAAAACUCAGCCUGAAUCAAAAUGUCCUGAGCUGCUUGCCAAUUAUUGUGACAUGUUGCUAAGAAAAACACCAUUAAGCAAAAAACUAACCUCUGAAGAGAUUGAAGCAAAGCUUAAAGAAGUGCUCUUGGUACUUAAAUAUGUACAAAACAAAGACGUUUUUAUGAGAUACCACAAAGCUCAUUUGACACGCCGUCUUAUAUUAGACAUCUCUGCUGAUAGUGAAAUUGAAGAGAAUAUGGUAGAGUGGCUAAGAGAAGUUGGUAUGCCAGCAGAUUAUGUAAACAAACUUGCUAGAAUGUUUCAGGACAUAAAAGUAUCUGAAGAUUUGAACCAAGCUUUUAAGGAAAUGCACAAAAAUAAUAAAUUGGCUUUACCAGCUGAUUCAGUUAAUAUAAAAAUUCUUAAUGCUGGUGCCUGGUCAAGAAGUUCUGAAAAAGUCUUUGUCUCACUUCCUACUGAACUGGAGGAUUUGAUACCUGAAGUAGAAGAAUUCUACAAAAAAAAUCAUAGUGGUAGAAAAUUACAUUGGCAUCAUCUCAUGUCAAAUGGAAUUAUAACAUUUAAGAAUGAAGUAGGUCAAUAUGAUUUGGAGGUAACAACAUUUCAGCUGGCUGUAUUGUUUGCAUGGAACCAAAGACCCAGAGAGAAAAUCAGUUUUGAAAAUCUGAAACUUGCAACUGAACUCCCUGAUGCUGAGCUUAGAAGAACUUUAUGGUCUUUAGUAGCUUUCCCAAAGCUCAAACGGCAAGUUUUGUUGUACGAACCUCAAGUCAACUCACCCAAAGACUUUACAGAAGGUACCCUCUUCUCAGUGAACCAGGAGUUCAGUUUAAUAAAAAAUGCAAAAGUUCAGAAAAGGGGUAAAAUCAACUUGAUUGGACGCUUACAGCUCACUACAGAAAGGAUGAGAGAAGAGGAGAAUGAAGGAAUAGUUCAACUAAGAAUACUGAGAACCCAGGAAGCUAUCAUACAAAUAAUGAAGAUGAGAAAGAAAAUUAGUAAUGCUCAGCUGCAGACUGAAUUAGUAGAAAUUUUGAAAAACAUGUUCUUACCACAAAAGAAAAUGAUAAAAGAGCAAAUAGAAUGGCUAAUAGAGCACAAAUACAUCAGAAGAGAUGAAUCCGAUAUCAACACUUUCAUAUAUAUGGCAUAAUUUUGAAUAUUUUGGACAAUAUUAAGAACCCAAAUUUUGAAGUGCUUGGGCAGAAAAGUUGUUACAGUUUGUGCUGGAGGAAGGUUUAUCUGGACUUUGAUUACAUAAAUAUUAAAAUCUGCCUUACCUAACAAAACAACUCUACUUUGCCAAUCCCAUUAGUCAGCAUGGUGGCAUCCCCUUCAUGUUUCACACUCAUUAACAGCAUGCUGUUUUGUGGAGAAACUUGCAUUCAUGAAGAGCCCACUAUGAACUUUGAAAAAUAAAUCUGAUUUAUACCCACAAGAAGAAAUGCCGUUGGGAAGGGUGAAAGUGGGGUUCUUGUUGCUUUUUUUUUUUUUUUUUGGUUUGUUUCUCUUUUUAUCCUCUCUUACAAAAAUGUACUUGCACAAGGAAGGAUCUUCAGAUGUUUGUGCACUGAAAAACGCUGUUAUGUUUUGUUUUAAAAAUGCAAUUAAAACUAGAAGUAGCACUCUUGGUUUCUUUUGAUCGAAAGAGUGAGCUGGUCUACACAACAUUGGGACAGGGCAGAUGUAGUUGGAAAGAUAAGAAUUUAAUAGUAUCAAAUUUUUUGUUCAAAGAUUGCUUCAGUAUAAUAAUGAUUUUAAUGGUGACUUAAAAAUGGUAUUAAAUUUUUCCAACUUAAAAAUGUUGACUUUCUUUAAGCAGGAGACUAUUGUUUUUGUUGUUUGUUGUUAAAUGAUAGGGUUUUUUGGUUUUUUCUCCCUUAUAUGGCUGGAGAGCUUGUUUUGAAAAAGUGAAGAUUAUAUUGUUAUUUCAGUUCAAAAAAAGUAUGGAGAUAGGUAGAUCAUUUCAAUUUGCAAAAGAGCAAAACAAGCAUAUUAAGUGUUUACUAGGACACUUAAUAUUUAUAUACCUAAUAUUUAUUAUGCCACAUUCAAAUUUAUUAAAAAUAAGACAGAAAUCUCCUGCUCUAAUAUAAUACAGUUAUGUAACUGACUUCUUAAUCUGUAGUAUAGAAAUAUUUUGAAAUUUUAAAGUCUCAUGAUGAGGAUUUUAUACCCUCAUGUUUCUGAAAAGGAAGAUACUCUGUUUUAAAAGGUAAUAAUUAGGUAUCAGUCACCCAGGAGGAAGAGAAAAGCCACAAUGUAAGACCUGGAAAACAUAAGCAAAAUUGUUGCAUUCUGAGUAUGAGCUGUAAACUUGCCAAAUGUAUGUACAUAUAUAUUUAUAUAUUUUAAAAAUAAAAAUUUUAAAAAAUGUUCAGAAGGCAACACUUACCUUGUUCCUUUCAGUCAAUCCAAAGUAGCAACUUACUAGUUGCUGGCAACUGAAUACCCAGAGUAGUGGAAAUUUUAGGACAUGAGGACAUGAACAACUUGAGAAAAAACUUACUCCUCAUUGGGAAAGAAUGGCUCAACAUGGAUUUUAUUCAUUGUGGUGCACGUUUCAAAUUUUCUGGCAAAUUAUUUUAUAUUUUAUGUGAUAGUAUUAUAUUAAAUGAUUUUGAUGAUAGUAGGAAGUGGAGUGCUGGAGUGUUGAAAGACAUACAGUAUUAUUGCAGGGUGCUUUCAAGAGCAUUUCAUGGAAUCUGUCCCCAGUCCCAAGAAGCUUUGUGAGCUUCCUGCUGAAAGGCAAGAGAGCAAACUUAAAACAUUUAAGAUUUUGCUGGUUAUAGUCAAAUGCCUAUUCUGAAACUCGUAGGAAAUUGGAAUUUUGUUUCUAAUUUAAAAAUCUUACACUUGAGCUCUAAGGUAGCAUGUGUCAAAUUAUUAGAUCAAGCAUAUUGUGAUGAAUUAAACUAAAUUAGUACUCACUGUUUUCUCUAAUUAGAUGACUGUUACCAGUACACAAAAUUGAAAAUUUAAAAAUGUGAUAAUUUGGUAAAAAUUCUGACCCUUAUUUUAAUGAAUAGUUUGAUAUGGCAUAUUUGCUUAUCCAAUACAAGAAUGCCAAAAGAGUAAGCAAUGGAAGGAAAAACUACAGGCCAUUUCUUAAAGUUUAAGAUUAUUGUUGUUUUAAACCAGAAUUAUUCUCAGAACUUUUUUGGCAUGUCUAAUCUUUUUAGUCAUUUAAUUUAAGAAUGAGAGCCACAAUGUUUUGAUUUAUAAAGGCAAAAUUUAAUGCAAAAGUGGGUAACUCUAAAUCCAUAGCAAAGUUUUCUAUUAAAUUUUAUAAAUUUUUAAAUAGCUAAUUAUGUCGUAAUUGUAUUUUGGGGAAUAGAGCGGCAGCAAAUACUAUGUACUUAACAGCUUUCAUCAUUUUUUCGUUGUGUAUACAAAAGUUUAUCUUAACUACUUUCCGGUGUUUAUGAAAACCAUUUAGUUAACAAGGUGCCUAUACCAUUGUUGAAUUUUCUUUAAAUAUAUUUUGAAAAUUUGCUAAUUUAAAAGAAAAGAAUCUGAAGAAAAAGUGUACCAGUAAUUUGCUGAAGGUACAGGAUCACAGUUCGUUUCCUUUAAGUCCCUUUUUUCUAGUGUGCCCUAAAAUUAGUGCUCUCUGAGCAGGGAUGAAACCUGUCAUAGUUAAGGGGAAACUAUAUAUACAUACACGUAUAUGUUUUCUUCAUGAGCAAUAUGGCAGUAGGAAACUUAAAGGUUAAUUUAAGCUUUGAAUGUUCGUCUUCUAGUGUCAAGAUGGAGCCAUCUGGAAAAUGUUAACCUUUGUUGCCAUAUCAUUGCAGAGUAAGUAGACAGGAAACAAUACUUACAAGGUAAAAAUACAGAACAAUUAUAAUGCUUACAGUGAGUUAAAUAUUUAGACUAUUACUGUUCCAAUGGUUUAAUGAGGAUCUUGAAAUAAAUUCUGAAGUCUUCCAAUUUUUACACUUACUGGAGGGGUCCCUGCAUUCUGUCAAAUUUUAUUUAAAUCUCUUAUUUUGUGCAUAAAUGUUGAAAUUUCCAAAAAUGAAAUGUUAACUCUCUUAUUUUUACCUUUUAUUAAAUUUAAUACAAAAUAUGACCAGAGUAGUUUAAAAGUAUUUUGCAUUAUUUGCAGUAGCAUGUUAUUGGCCCUGCUCAAAGGGCAGAUUUUAAAAAUUCAAUUUGGGUGAAAGAUUUGCUAGUUUUCCAGAAAGAUUUGCUGUCUUAAACUCAACAUUUUUUUUUUUUCCUAUUUUCAUGUGAAUGACUGGGAUGCUAUCUAAUAAACUCUUCCAAGGUCAUGUUUGUGAAAUAAACAUCACAUUGAGAGCUUUCCUGUCAUCUACACUAUGUGUGUUGUCUGGAGUGUUGAACAAAUUUGAGUUCCUAAGUUGUACUCUAUCCUUGUAUGGUAAAUAAGAUUUCGAAUGUGUGCCACUACAAACUGAGAUGAUAAUGCUGUACAAUUUUAAAUGGUAGCAGUUUCUGUAUGCAGUAGGCUGAAAUAUUUUGAUGAACUGCUUAAUUUUUGGAUUUUAUUUUUUAAGUUGUAUAAUUUAUUUUCUUGCAAAAUAAAAAUGUAAUAUAAAAGC